GCAUAUUACUAAUUUAAUUCGAUCACACUCUCUAUGCUAGAAUAAAUUGAAAUAAUGAGGGAUAGAGAGAUUACAUACGGUGUCAUGGUGCUUCAGUCCACUGAAAUUGAAAUAAUCAGGCAUCGACACAGAAGCUCUCAUAGAGAUGAGAUAGAGACACUUCUGUAGCGAGUGAGAGAAACAACGGUAAUGCCGAAAUAAUAAAUCUCCGAAGAAGGAAACGGGAUAUGUCUCAUUCUCCAUCUCUUCCUGCUCCGGCGAGAGACAGGAGCUCGCAAAAAGACUGGUCCCUAGUAGAGAAAGAGAGAAAUUCAACCCGAACGAGGUUUCCUUCGUCAAGAAUGAAAAGAUUAAGGAGAGCCCAUGCAGAGAAAGAGGGUGAAAAAAUGAGGGAUAGAGAGAUCGAGAGGAAUUAUGUGAAAAAGGGAAGCGAGAAGGGUGAGAGAAGAAUAUGAAAGGAAUCACAGAGACAGAGGAGAGAGGGAAGUUGGGAGGAGAGAGGGUCAGAGGUUGAAGGAAAGUCUUCUUCUAAAGGAAGACAUGGGGGGCGAUCUGCUUCUCCAUUGCGAUCAAACCGUCGGAACAGGAGCAAGCAUAGGUCUCGCUCACCACAGCCUCAAUCAGAGAGAGACCGCAAAAGGGGAAAAACUCUUGGGGAGCUGAACGAAGGAGCAGUGAUGAUGACAAUUACGAUGAUUCUGUGUCUAAGAUGAAGGCUGCUGAGGAGACUUUGGAAGCCAAGCAAAAGAAACAAUCUUCUUUUGAGCUAUCUGGAAAACUCGCUGCUGAAACCAAUAGAGUCAGAGGCAUUACAUUUCUGUUCACCAAGCCCCCAUAUGCUAAGAAACCUGAUAUAAGAUGGAGACUUUAUGUUUUUAAGGGUGGUGAGGCUCUGAAUGGGCAUUUUUGUGAUUCUUGUUUCUGGUUUCUUUGGCAAGUAGAAAAGGAGCAGCCUGAUGGUAUGUUAAAAAAUCAAGUAAGGCCUUACAUGAUGGAUCUUGGAAGCACCAAUAAAACUUUCAUUAAUGAUAAUCCCAUUGAACCUCAACGCUAUUAUGAACUAUUUGAAAAGGAUGCAAUCAAAUUUGGUUGUAGCUGGUCUCUUAUUCCAAUUAAUCCUGGCCGUUUUUCUCCUAUGCAAGUAUAAUUUUCCUUUUGUCCUUGCAUGCUGAGCAUAAAGCAUCACACUUUCAUUUCCUUGUAUCACUGUAAGCAAACCUCUGAAACUUCUGUUUUGAACCAUUUAUAUACACCAAAACUCGCUUUGUAUAUUUGAAGGCAAACUUUGAAUUAUCUGAAUGUUAUGUAUGUAGGCAAACUUCUGUUUUGAACCAUUUAUACACGUCAAACUUUGUUUGUUUCCUGCUGCAGAAAACAAAGUGGGAUGCGAAUACAUGCUAUGCGUUACCAAGUUGCAUUUUGAUGCUAGAAACACUAUUUCAUUCUUCAGAAUUGUUUGGAGCACUUAGUACCAUUUUGAUGCACAUGCUUGUACCUUUGACAUGGAUGAGUUUUGUUUUUUUCUAGAUAGUAAGUGGCGUAUAUGCGCCAGGGGAAUAAAUUUAACUCUAGAAACUAAUUCCAAUGACAGUUGACAUUUUGUUUAUUCUUGACCACUGCAGAAAAUGCUUCACAUUGACAUGAAUAAUUGAAGAAUCCUGAAUGAUUUUUCCAUGCUGGUCUUGUCCAGCUCUUUGUAAAUAAUUUACGUGUCCUUUUUUUUUUCAGCCGUGAAUAUGUACAAUUGCACGAGAACUCUGCAAAGAGAUGUUCAUUAAGUGGCUUCUCCAGUAUGAUUUUCUGACAUCCGCAUGCCAGAGAAUCAACAACUUUUUGUUUAUCAAUGGAACGUUUAUUCUGAGUAGGAAACCUCUUAAAUAGCGCUUAUUUCUCCCCAUCCAGGGAUUAUCAAAUAUGAGAACUCGAUUGGUUUGAACUGGUCUGUUUAUGGCUGUUUUUAUGCUGAUCGAGGUCUGUGGCCAUUCCAGUCAUGUGUGUUGCAUAGCUGGCCGUUGUAUUUGAUCCUUGUAUGGCUAAUUAAUCUGAUUGAAUGGUUAUUCGCUCUCUUGGUUUA